CCUUCGGCAGCAGGUUGGGUUGAGCGGUCCACAAGGGGACCGUGGACAGCUCCCGUCUGAGGAGCAGAGCACCACAGGAGGAGGAGAGGGCUGGACAUGGGGGAGCCACCGCACAGGCCCGUAUGAUCGAAAUCAACACGAUUUGGAUGUGCAGCCACCGGGGAAGAGACACACAAAGAGAGCGGAGCGGAGAGGCCAUCGGAGGACGGGGAAGAGAAGCGAGGAAGUGAGGGGAAGAGCGGGAUACGGCUCCUGACCCAUCCCGGCGCGAUCAGGGCGGAGAGAAGGGGAGCGAAGAAGGAGAAAUAUUUCCGCUCGACCUGAUGGACUGACGACAGAUGAAUGAAGACUGCCUACACUAACGCCUAUCGAUGCCUGGCCAAGGACCUGGACGCGUACGCCAUGAAUCCGGACAUGACAAUGGACGGCAUCGGCAGCCUGCACGGCGGGGUGGCGGUGAGCUCCGUGGCCCCUGACGUGGAGCUGAUGAGCGGCCACAGCCCUCACCACGGCCGCGGGAGCUCCUCGGGGGCGGUGGGGGGCCACGGGGCGGCGGCGGCGGCGGCCCUGCGGAUACACCAGGACCUGGCCGCCGCCGCCGCGUCAUCCCGCUCGGCCAUGGUGUCCGGCAUGGCCAGCAUACUGGACGGCAGCGGGGAGUACCGUCCGGAUCUGUCCCUGCCGCUGCACCACGCCAUGAGCGUGCCCUGCGACACGUCCUCUCCCGGGAUGGGGAUGAGCGGUACUUACACCACCUUAACCCCGCUGCAGCCGCUCCCCCCCAUCUCCACCGUGUCCGACAAGUUCCAUCAUCACCACCACCACCAUCACCAGCGGCUUUCCGGCAACGUCAGCGGCAGCUUCACGCUGAUGCGCGACGAGCGUGGGCUGCCGGGCAUGAACAACCUGUACAACCCCUACCACAAGGAUCCCAUGUCCGGGAUGGGUCAGAGUCUCUCCCCGGUGCUCGGCAACGGCCUGGGCUCUCUCCACAACACCCAGCAGGGGCUCCACAACUACGGCGCCACGACGCACGGAGGUCACGACAAGAUGCUCAACUUCGACCCCACCGCCUCUAUGCUCGCCAGAGGGGAGCACCACCAGCACCGAGGCCUCGGCGCCCCGGCGGGCGGCAUCGUGCCGCACCUGAACGGGAUGCACCACCCGGGACAUGCGGUGUCGUCGGCGGGACAGCACCCCCACCCUCACCCUCACCUCCACUCACCGUCCCAUGGGCCCGUGUUGGCUUCCACCAGGGAAAGACCGCCCUCCUCCUCCGGGACGCAGGGGGGCAACAGUUCGGGGCAGCUGGAGGAGAUCAACACCAAGGAGGUGGCGCAGAGGAUCACGGCCGAGCUGAAAAGGUACAGCAUUCCCCAGGCCAUCUUCGCCCAGAGGGUCCUGUGUCGCUCCCAGGGGACCCUGUCGGACCUGCUGCGGAACCCCAAACCCUGGAGUAAACUAAAGUCGGGCAGGGAGACCUUCAGGCGGAUGUGGAAGUGGCUGCAGGAGCCCGAGUUCCAGAGGAUGUCGGCUCUCAGAUUGGCAGGUACCUCCGUGCAAGCGGAAGGAGCAGGACACGGCGAAGGAGCGCAACAACACACCAAAGAAAUCCCGCCUGGUCUUCACCGACCUGCAGAGGCGAACGCUGCUGGCCAUCUUCAAAGAAAACAAGCGGCCUUCCAAAGAGAUGCAGCUGACCAUCUCGCAGCAGCUGGGCCUGGAACUCACCACCGUCAGCAAUUUCUUCAUGAACGCCCGACGCCGGAGCCUGGACAAAUGGACAGACGACGGAGCCAGCCCCGGCGCCCAAUCUUCAGCGUCCAGCACUUGUACCAAAGCGUGAUGAUCGGAGGCGGGGUUGGUGACGGGGGUGAGAGGGGUAGGACGGGGGGUGGCUAAAGGGCGGGUGGGCGGGUAGGGGGGGGCGGUCCUGGUUUAGCCUGAUCCAAAGCGGGGAAAACCAAACCUUUUACUUUGAUUUGUUUGUCUGUUUGUCAAAGGGGACAAAUUGAGAGAGGGGCUGCUCACUGUGACGACUUGGACCCAAAACCGCCUUUUGCAAACUCAUCACAAAUCCAUUCCUAGAAGCUGAAGGCUAAAAAAAAAAAAAAAAAAUCUUCACCACUGGUGUCUCUUUUGGGACCACACGAGCCUAAAUACCAAAGACGAGAGGACAAUAUAUGUUUUCUAUUAUGCAAUAUAAGCUAGGAAGCAACCGCCGGACUAUCCAACGAAAGCUUUAUGACUACAGAAUGUGCAAAGAACGACUGGACAUUUCCGUCCCAUGUCCAAAACCAACGUUAACUCCUCACCCCAAAACCAAAGAGUACGCAAUGAAAACAUCCAAUUCCAUUUUUUUCUUAUUUAUUGAUUUAUUUACGUUUGGCACCGAGUCAUAGAAAUUCACAUUCUGACGUCACCCUUCGAGUUCAAUUCCGGCGACGGGGAAAAAAAGUCAUUUGCCUUCACGCUGUCGUUUUGAACUUGACGAGCGUCGCCAUCGAGCUCCGAUCUUAACCAAAGACCACAAAGGAGGCGUAAGAAGUCGUCAAUUCUGCAAUGUUAGGCUUGACAACGGAAGCACAAAGACACACUUGGCCGGGAUCCGCCGCAGGCACAUCAACCUUCAUCACAGUCUGAGCCGAUAUGAUCAACUGCAAGUUUGCCCCCCCCCCCCCCCAACUCCCCCCGGGAAUGUGUACGAGUCAUGCGAGCACAAUGUUGAAGCACAUUUCUUUUGCAAUAGAACCGGGGCUGUCUGCCAAGCCAAGUGGUUUUCCGCAUCUUAGAAAAAAAAACUCAGGAUGCCAUUUUUCUAAACGGUGGCUGAAAUCCACUCUGCGCUCUCUCGCCGUCACGCGCUAAGUUGCACGCUGGCGCGUCAUCCCGCGCGUCCUUUCCCAAAUGCGUUGCCCAGAACGUGCAACCCGACAGAAACGUGGCCAAGCUUAACCCACGUCCUCCAGUUGACCCCGAUUUUGAGUCGCCACAUCCGGCCAGUGGUUUUUUUGUAUUCCAGCAUUGGCAGAGUCUUCAACUGGGUGAAACGAUUUCCAUUACGAGAAACUAGAAACAGAGAAAAAAAAAAUCUUAUUGCGGAACACUUUAAGUGUGAUGGCCUUUAACGAUCAGAAACGUUGAGGGAUAGCAAAGAUUGCCAUACUCGAUCUUCCUUUUUUCGUUCGUAUCUUGUAAUCGGCCAUUUUUGGACCGCCAUAUCGAACCACCGCAAAGAGCGACGGCAACGACCAUUUGAUCCCGCGGGGGACGGACUGCCCAGGCGAAUCAGGGCCUUUGUAAUAGUUAAAGAGGACAAUCCAAAGACGAUGUCUGGAAAGUCCGUCUCCCGCAGAGGAUCUCGAGUGAGAGGACGUGCCGUCGCGCUUCAAACAAAUCCAUCGUCCGAUGUCAACAUUUUGUUCGCGGCGCGUAUCGUUACCAAAAUACGGCGCGCCCUUAUACGAUCACUGUGACGGGAAUAGGAAACCCCCCCGCGACAACACCUCAACCGCCAUCACCUCCUACUAUGUUCUUGCAGCCUUUGCGAUCCAUAAUCACCUCAUCAAUCAUCUCUCACGUGAGCUAUCAAACCAAAAAUAAAAAAUAAAAAAUAGCAACCGAACCAAAGCAAAGGCGCCAGUCAGCAGCCCCUGCUCCUGUAGAAACCCCCAGGCCGGUCCGAGCCUGGUUAGAAGCAAGCCAAAGGCUUAAGAUUGG